GAAGGAUUUGCAUAUUUGAUAUGGACUAUAAGAAUUUUGUAUAUCAUCGUAGUAUUGAAAAAUAUAUCUUAAUAAUUAAUUUCUAAAUGUUAUCAAAACACAGCAUUUUAGUUUAAAAUCGCAACGCCGUGUUUAAGUUACUGUUACUAAGCCUUACUCAGUAUUAGUGUUACUAAUACUAGUCUUAGCACUUUCUCGUAACACUAACGUUGUUAAUGUUAGUAAGUAAUGUUAGUAAAAACAGAGAAACUAAGUUAAACGUCCAAGCUUACCGAUUGUUUAUUUAGUUUUGAAAUUUGAGGACUACAUUUCUCUUGUAUUAUCAGUCAUGAUAUUAUUUCUACUGAUAAAUUGUAACUUGGUAAGCUAGGCUAACUCCGCACUUACAAUUUACAUUUAUGAACACAUCGAUAUGGUGUAUUCGAAAUGGGCCUAGUACUAGUAUCUUUACAAGUGCAUUUGUUUCUAAUUCUAUCUACUGAUACUUUAAUCUCUCAAUGAUAUCUCAACCCAGUGUUAACCCCAUUGUUCCAGGAGUCGACCCGUAUUAUCAUCCUGAGGUUGAAGACACUGGUGUUAGUCCAUAUAUUUUUCGCGAGUUUGCUUUUCAAAGUUUCAUGAAAGAAAUGAGUAAACCUGAAAAUAUGCUUAACGCCUUAUCUUGGCGACGUCUACAUUUGAGCAGAGCAAAGUUAAAGGCAUCCAGUAGAACUUCUGCGUUGUUAUCAGGUUUUGCUAUGGUGGCAAUGGUAGAAGUUCAGUUGAGCCAUGAUAUUCCUAAAGGAUUACUGAUUGCCUUCAGUUUUUGCACAACCCUAUUAGUGUCAGUGCACAUGUUAGCACUAAUGAUAUCCACAUGCAUCCUUCCCAAUCUUGAGUCAGUUGCCAGUGUGCAAGGGAUAUCAACUGUGUCUGAGUCCCCCCAUGAGAAACUGCACAUCUACAUUGAAAUUGCUUGGGGGUUUUCUACUGUGUUUGGUCUUCUUCUUUUUAUGGCUGAGAUAGCCAUUCUUUGUUGGGUGAAAUUUUACAGUUAUAGCAAGAAUGCUGCUGUGGCUGCAACAACUUUACUCAUUCCUGUAGUGCUCAUCUUCCUAGGAUUUGCUGUGCAUUUUUAUCGGAAGUUGGUUGCUCAUCAGUAUGAACGAUCAGCACAUGGACUACGGGAACUAGAAACAAUGGUAUCUCAGCUUCAGAAUGAUGAAAGUGACAUAUCUAACACAAGACCUGUGAUUACAGUGUAAGGAACAAAGACAAUAAUCAGUACUAUAUGAUUUAGUUUUGCUCAUUGGCAAAUAGUAAACUGUUCUAAAAGUCAUUUAUCUUGUAAGUAAAGAGCCUGACCAUUUGAAUCUUUGUGUACGAGUAUGUAGUUAUACUGUUUCAGUGAGGUGUAAAAUUUCUGUCAUAAUAUUUUUCUAGAGAAUAUGUGGUAUUUUGUACAUAUACAUUAUCAUUUAUGUAUUUAUAUAUAUAUAUAUAUAAAGUAUGUUUGUUUAAAAUGUAGGCCGAUAAUGGAAUUCUACCUGGCUGUGGGUAAUUGGUAUAAUACUAAAAUAAUCAGUUAUUCAUUUUCACUGAUUAUAUAGUUCAAGAAAUCUAAAGCUGAAAUGCAGAAGCGAUGCAAAGUCAAUAAUGAUCAGGUGUAUAUGUAAGUACAUGUAUAUACAUAUAUGUCUGCUUUACUACAGCCACACAAUGAAUAUAAAGGAAAUAUCUGGCAAUAAAGAAGCUUGACUGUGAUUUAAAUAUAUAUAUAUAUAUAAACACACACACUCAAAACAAAUUAUGUAGUAAUUAACGUGUAGAAAUGUUUUUGUCAAGGGAGCUGAAAAUUGGAAAUAAUUUGCUAUUUGUUAAUAUAUAAACUAAAAAUGACAAACACUUGGAAAGCUUUCUAAAAUUAUUUGCUACUAAUUUCAUUAAACUUAGAAAAGAGGAUUAAAAUGGGGAUCAAAACAACUGAAAACUAAAACAUAAAAACUACAUUUACUUGUACAUUCAGGAUUAUAUUAAGCAAAAUGACCAUUGGUUAUUUCUUUGAUCUACAUAAUCGAGUUGUUUUUCAAAUUUCCAAGAUGUAAUGUUUUAGACAACUUAGUAACUGAAAUAUUAAGAUCUAGUAUCUUAGUGUAUGACAUGGAUGCUUAUAUAUUUUUUGGUUCUAAUUCAAACUUGUAUGUUCUGUGUGUGUGUGUGUGUUAUUAUACAUUUUUGCAGGUUACCUUUGGUUUAUACUGUACAUUCAUGAAAUGAACAUUCAUUUGAAAUGUUCUAGUGUAAAAUCUUUCUUCAGAGGGAAUAUUACUGUUGUAUAAUUUCAACUGUUUAAUUAUGUGUAUGCAUAUAUAAAAGUGCAAAGAUUAAUAUGUUUCGUUAUAUUACUGUUAUUGUUGAGUCACAUCACUUAAAUUACUCUCAAACUUUUUUACAUUGGUAUUGAAUUUGAAUUUCACUGGCUGGAAAGACGACUUAAGUGACUCAAGUUGUCUUCUAGUAGUUGCUCUAUCUGAAUGAGAUAAAAAUAUAAACCAUAUCAGUUUACACAAGUUUCGAUAUAUAUCUGAUUUAUUUUUAUAUAUUUUUUGUCUUGUAUCUAGGCAUUCUUUUUUUCCUACAAGAAUAUCAAAAGUAGAACAAACACAAAAUAAUGUGUUGUAAUAAUGCUGUUAUUGCACAGAUUUGUUGUAAAAAUAUAAUUAUAGCUAGUUAAAAGAACAUUUACAUAAAACUUACGUUUAUCAUGAAUAGAUUUAAUACAGAACCAGAUUUUACUGAACUAUCCAUUGAUUGGAUUUUGGGAAAUUGGCAUCUUUGUACAAAUACGGAAAGAUAGACGGAAUUGGUUUAAUUAGAUUGUAGUUGAGGUUGAAUUUAAAACUUUUCAACGUCUUUCAUAAAUUAUGAAUUUAGAGACAUUUGAAUAACCAUUUACAAGACUAGAAAAAGAGACACCAUGUUAACUUGUUCUUUAUUUUUCUGUUUUGUACAUAUAUUUGAUCAUGUUUCAGCUAAAAGCUCUAAUACAUGUAACUUAAUGGUAUAAAUAAAUAACCUGGACAAGAAAAACAUGUUUUUGAGACAUGAAACUGACUGCCUUAAGAGUGUACUGAAAUAAUUCUUACCGUUUACAUUUUCCAUUGUCUACAUUAAUCUUGUACAGUGACAGUAUAUUGAAAAGAUUCAGUGUUUAUAUAACAGUAUGUACCGAGGUGUUAACCUUUUGAGUUUAUUAAAAAAAAGUUGAGGCUUUGAUAAUAAAGAAAUUUCAUUGUGCCAAAAAAGAAAACGAGUUAAGGAUAAUAUCUAAUGUGUGUCAAUGGUUGACAAGCUAUAUGAUUUUUGAUUAUUAAUAGUAUAAAAAAUCAAAACCUAAUUUGUAUAGGAUGCUUUUUUUUUUUUAAUAAUUUCAUUGAUUUCGUUAUGUAUGCGUUUUUGUAUGGUUAUAUAUGUGAAAAUCGAACUGUAAGGUUGAAAUCCCUAGUGCAAUGAAAACAUCUUGUCAGGGUAAGUUAAGAAGUUUCGUGAAGUAAUUUUUUAAUUAUUGUGAUAUAAUGUUUACUAUGUAAUUGGCCUGUAUCACACUUCCUAAUUGUGCCUAGAAAUUUCAGUAUGUUUUUUUUAUUCUUUUUGCAUUCAAUAAUGAAAUAUACAAAUGUAAGUAGUAAAUGAUAAAUUUUCUAUCUUACACAUAUUUGGUUAAAUCUUUAGUUCAUUUGGCAAUUAGGAUUAUCGUCAGAAAACUUGUGAGGCAUGCAAAUACUCUGUUAGUGGUGGAAUGGGUAAUGCAGAUUUUCCUCCCAUUCCAAAUACUCUCUAUUUUCUUAUCUUUUCCCAUCCCAACAAUUUUAGAAUAAAAUUUUUAUUGUAUAUUUUAUGGACUUUUUUCUAAUGAUUAGCAUAGCAGUGGCGCCAUCUAUUGAGUAAUAUUUGUCAAUCUAGCAUUGCAUAUAUUUUGGGCUGUAAAUAAUCUAUCGUGGAUCACUUGGGGCUCUAGGUUGAAAAGGCAUAUCUUAGGGAGUAUUGAAGUGUUUUGGUGUGCAUGCUGGAAGUAGGCAAGCUAUGGUUUAUAAGUUACAGCUGACGGAAAGGAAGAAAGAAAAACGAGAACCGAACUCAUCCUUACAUAGGCACUGCUACAGCGCUGCCCAAUAAACCUUUAUUUGAGGCAAAUCAAAAGUAUUCGCUGAUGUUUAACGUCUGGAAAGUUGCCAUGAAGUAGGAAUAAAAGAACACUGAAAUAAAUUA